UUCUCUUUUCUUACACUGUCUUACUUGCACUCUCAGCAUGCUGCUUUGAAGUCUUAUUAAAGCGCUCAGUGCUUUGCGAUCCAUCUAAUGCCAACACUGUUGGGUAGUUUUCAGAUGUUUCAAGAUGAAGGCCUCCUAGAAUAUUAAUAUUAUUCACGCCUAGUUACCGUGUUGGUUAUUUUGCGUUUAUAGAGUGGCGCUUAGACCACGUGAAUCCAUGGCGGUAGUUUGCCCAAUGCCAAGGCUGUGCUGUGGCUGGGCCCUGGCAACAGGCGCAUGCAGGGAGGCGAUGUGAAGCACAGUUGUGGCCCAAGAGCAGCACCUCGUGGUCACUGACCCUUUGCCUGAUGAUGGAAAGUGGUUACUUGAAAUUAAAUAGGGAGAGUUAGGAACUUCCAAGUAUAACUUUUACAACCCCAUGCCUGGAAGUCACAAUUACUAAUUUACUUCAGAAAACGAGAAAUCGCAGGUUGUGCACACGUCAACUUGCCUUCCUAGUAUCGUUAUCAGUUCUGACCUGUGCAUCUCUGCGAUGCUUCUGAAAGGUGGAUGCAGGCUCAGCGCUAGCAGUGGACUGAUGUGGUACCAAACUUGGUUUGAUUCUUCUCUGCACCCACUUCCUCUACCCACUCCUUCCGUGCCACCAUCCUCUCCCUCCUGCUCUGGAUCCUGGUGGGGACUCUUCCAUAGCCAGAAUGUCCACAAUACUUCAGGAGUCAGUGACAUUUGAAGAUGUAGCUGUCGCCUUCACCCAGGAAGAGUGGGUCCUGCUGGACAUGUGGCAGAGAAAGCUGUUCAGAGAGGUGAUGCUGGAAAAUAUCAGUCAUCUGGUCUCCAUGGGGUAUCAGCAUUCCAAAUCAGAUAUAAAUUUCCAGUUGGAGCAAGAAGCCCUGUGGGGUGAAGGAAGAGGGUUUCUCCAAGACCAGAGUGCAGACAGGGAAAGCACUCCUCGAGAACAAGUGAUAGCCCCACAUCACAUCAGCAGGAAGGACACAUCUGCAGUCAAGGCAAUGCAGGGGUCUCACACUUCAGAGAAUCCUGCUGAAUGUAAUGAAACAGGAGAUGAUUUCCCUUAUACCUCCACAUUGAGUGAACACUUACCAACUUACACGGAAGAGAACCCCUGUGUCAGCAGGCAGUGCCAGAAACCCCUCAGUGGCCAGCCAUACCCUAAUCAGCAUAAGCAGAUUCACAGUAAAGGUAAAGCAUGUGAGUGCCAACUGUGUGGGAAAGCCUUCAGUAACUGUUCUAGUCUGAGACGGCAUGAGAUGACUCACACUGGAGAGAAACCUUAUGAAUGCCAUAUCUGUGGGAAUGCCUUUAUUCAAAGUUCAGACCUUAGAAAGCAUAGUCUGACUCACACUGGAGAGAAACCGUAUGAAUGUCACCUAUGUGGGAAAGCCUUCAGUCAGUCCUCUAACCUUAGACAGCAUGAACGAACGCACACUGGAGAACAACCAUAUGGAUGUCAUCUAUGUGGGAAAACCUUCAGCAAAUGUUCUGCUCUUAGACGACAUGAGAGAACUCAUACCGGAGAGAAACCAUAUGAAUGCCAUCAAUGUGGGAAAUCCUUCAGUCAGUGUUCUGCCCUUAGACGACAUGAGGGAAUCCACAAUGGAGAGAAAGUAGUGCUUGCUUUUAGUGAAUAUUCUCACCUGAGAUGACAUAUAAUGAACAUUCAUUAUGUUUAAGAGACUUCAACCAUGGCUUUAAUGUGUAACAUCCCAGAAGACUCUUACAUUGAAGAAAUACUGUAAUUGAUGCAGAAGAUCCUAUAAUCAUUCUUACUUGACUUAUGCACAUUUGUGUAGAAGUGACUGUGUAUGACAUCAAAACCUUCAGUCGUUGGUGUGACUGAGAGAACUCAUACUGUAGAUACAGAGAAUGAGGUUGUCUUCAGCAACAGCCAUGAGUUUGCAACACACCUGAGGAUUUAUAUAGGCGAGACCUCCUACAUGUGUAAUCAGUGUGGUUAGUAGCCAGCCAAGCACCAACCCUGGUAUGCACAAGAAAACUCGGUAAAGGAGUAACUGCUGACACAGAAUGCGAGAGAGGAAUGUGCUUGAGGAAUAUCAAACAAUUCAUACAGACAUGAUUCUGUUAAAAGUCAGUAAAACUCUUUACUCACAAAGCAACUCUGUGGCACAUCUGAGGAUUCAGAUUGUACAAACUCCAGUGUAGUGAGUGAAGAAAAUUCUCAAACCAACGUGACAGUAGUCCAAAAAUCAAAGUGAAGACUUCAGCUAGCGUUCGAAUCAGAUAACUACAUCUAGGAGAAAAAUACUCUAGAAAAGCCUUUUAAAAUAUGUUAGAAAUAAGAAUCAUGAGGAAAUAAUUUCACAGGGAAAGGGUGACAUCUCCAAGAUAGAAAGUGAUCUGGGAAGACUGAAUUUAUCCUGGGAGUAUGCCAAAUUUUGUAAGAAAUUAAAUGUUUUCAAUAGAUUUGUAAAGAUUUGAUUAAACCAUGUUGCUAAGAAAAAAAAAAAUCUAGUGUGUUGGUGAAGUUCUGGCUUUUGUUAUACAGCUGUGAGCAUCUGUGUGGGUCGGCGCUCCUUGGCAUGUGGGUGGCAUUUUAGCUGAGCUCUAAGUAUUUCCCAGCAGCUCCUUCCCCGCAGCUCGUCCUUGCUCAUUCUUCCUUCAGCACUCUCCAUCCAUUGCCUGCU